AUGUUAGCUACACAACGAAAACGUAUAAUGACACCAUUAGAUAUUGAAAGUGCACAAGAUGUCAUGAUUUUGAAUAAAAAUGAAGAUAUAACGAUAAUAUGGCAUGAUGAUAAUUUAGAAGUUGAAAUACGCGAACAGAUCGAAUGUUUACAUGGGACAAUAUUCACGUCAGAUAUUACCAUUAUUUCACAAAAAUCAAUAAUUGAUUCGUUUUAUAUAUUUUGUAUUUAUAAAGAAUUAUAUCAAGAUUUGUUAGGUGAUAAACGUUAUUCAAAAUUAUGCGGUAUUUAUGAUGAAUAUGGACAACUAUUUGAUCAAUUAAGAAAGCACAUACAUUCAAUAAUAAAACAUUUAUCAAUAUUCAAAUUAUUUAAUCAAACAGGUAAACCUAUACGUGAUUUAGAACAAGAAAUACCAGAAUAUUUAUAUUAUCAAUUAUUACGUGAUAAACUAAUGUUAGUUUCAACAGAAACAAAUAAAGCAAAACAAGAUAUGAUUAAUUAUUGUUGUUGGUAUUAUCAUGGUGAUAAAAUCAUUCUGAACCGAAUCGAUGAGUUUGAAAAAACAUAUCAAUCAACAGAUGCUAUUCAGUGGUAUACAAAAGAUAGCUUUCUAUUUAGAUUCGUUAAUAAAGCAUUAAGAACAGAAGAUCUUGAUACAUUGCAUUAUUUAAGAUAUUUUAUUAUUGAUUUAUGCAAACAAUUAAAAUGGUUAUUUGAUAAAAAUCGAAAAUCGUAUCAAGAGCGUCAUAUUGAUACAAUUACUGUAUGGGUGAUUCUUUCGAGAGCGUACUAG